GGCGUCGCCGCUUUUGCUCCGCGAAGCCAGCGAGUCUCCGCUGCCCUGCGCCGCGCGCGCGUCCCCCGCCUGCCCGGGGACCCCCCGCGCACCCCCCGAGACGGCGCGCGCCCAGAGCGCGGGAGCCCGGAGCGCCGGGCGCCUGGGACCCCGCGGAGCCGCUGCCCAGCCCGCGGGGCUCGGCCGGGAUGCAGGCUGCGCUGUGAACCCCGGCGCCAAGGCCAUGUCCGGCGCCCGCUGCCGGACCCUGUACCCCUUCUCCGGGGAGCGGCACGGCCAGGGGCUGCGCUUCGCCGCGGGCGAGCUCAUCAGGCUGCUGCAGGUUCCGGACGGCGGCUGGUGGGAAGGCGAGAAGGAGGACGGGCUCCGCGGCUGGUUCCCCGCGAGCUACGUGCAGUUGCUGGAGAAACCUGGAAUGGUCCCCCCACCGCCGGGAGAGGAAAGCCAGAUUAUCCUCCUUCCGCCUGGCUGGCAGAGUUACUUGUCUCCUCAGGGUCGGCGUUACUAUGUCAACACGACCACCAAUGAGACCACCUGGGAACGCCCCAGCAGUUCUUCUGGGAUUCCAGCCAGCCCUGGCCCUCACAGGAGCUCUCUGCCUCCGACAGUGAAUGGAUACCACGCGGCAGGGACCCCAGCGCACCCUCCCGAGACUGCCCACAUGAGUGUCCGAAAAUCCACCGGUGAUUCCCAGAACCUGGGAUCCUCGUCACCAGGCAAAAAGCAGAACAAGGAGAACACCAUCACGAUAAACUGCGUGACGUUUCCUCAUCCGGACACGAUGCCAGAGCAGCAACUGCUGAAACCUACAGAGUGGAGCUAUUGUGACUACUUCUGGGCUGAUAAGAAGGACCCCCAAGGCAACGGCACCAUGGCUGGGUUUGAACUGCUCCUUCAGAAACAACUAAAGGGCAAACAGAUGCAGAAGGAAAUGUCAGAAUUCAUCCGGGAGAGGAUAAAGAUUGAAGAGGAGUAUGCGAAGAACUUAGCUAAGCUCUCUCAGAACUCCUUGGCUGCACAGGAGGAAGGCUCCCUGGGAGAAGCGUGGGCCCAGGUGAAGAAGAGCCUCGCGGACGAGGCGGAAGUUCACCUCAAGUUCUCCGCCAAGCUUCACAGCGAGGUCGAGAAGCCCCUGAUGAACUUCCGGGAGAACUUUAAGAAGGACAUGAAAAAGUGUGAACACCACAUCACCGACCUCCGUAAGCAGCUUGCCAGCCGUCACGCCGCAGUGGAGAAGGCCCGGAAGGCCCUCACGGAGAGGCAGAGAGACCUGGAGAUAAAGACCCAGCAGCUGGAGAUCAAGCUGAGCAACAAGACAGAAGAGGAUAUCAAGAAGGCGCGGAGGAAGUCCACGCAGGCUGGAGAUGACCUCAUGCGCUGCGUGGAUCUCUACAACCAGGCCCAGUCCAAGUGGUUUGAAGAGAUGGUGACCACCACACUGGAGCUAGAGCGGCUGGAGGCGGAGAGGGUAGAGAUGAUUCGACAGCAUCUAUGCCAGUACACACAGCUGCGGCACGAGACAGACAUGUUCAACCAAAGCACAGUCGAGCCUGUGGACCAACUGCUUCGGAAAGUGGACCCAGCCAAAGACAGGGAGCUGUGGGUCAGAGAGCACAAGACAGGCAACAUCCGCCCCGUGGACAUGGAGAUUUAGACGGGCAUGCACGGCCCCGGGGGUCCUGCCGAGGAGAGGGGCCGGGGGGUCCCAUGGAGAGCAGGUGGCCAGGGGGCCGCUGCUGGGCGCAGCUGUCCUCCCGCCCACUGUCCGGGUCUGCUGAGCUGGUGAUUCCAGAAAGGCGGCCCCGCCGGGAGCUGCCCGUGUCCCCAGGCCAAGAAGACCGAUCCACAGCCCUGCCCUUGUCUCCGAGGCUGAAGCCCCCCGAUUCCUGUCCUGUGCUUGCUGCUCCGAGAACAGACUGAGGCUGGAACUUUAUGGUCCCUGCUGCACCCUGUAGGGGUCACGUCCCCACCCAGAGCUGGCUGCGUCGCACGCUUGUGUCCCCAGAAGCCCCAAGGCCCUGCCUCCGGCUGUGUCGCGGGCUUUGGAGGGUCAUGGGAGAAAGGUCCCUGUCUCCAACCCAGGAUGAGGGUCGGAAUCACGGAUAGAAGGCACCGUUCAGCUCAACAGCCCGCACCCAGAACCUCUUGCGGCCCGCCCUCUUAGUUUUUUUUUCCCCCCGUUGCAUUCUGGGAACCCACAUCCUGGCUCUUCCUUUGCCACUUUUCAUCGUCUGGGGUCUUGGGAAUAAGGCCUGGUUCCUCUCUACCCAGACUGACCCUGCCUGGAGAGGUCAGGACGGAACUACCUCAUUCAGCACAUCGGCCCCAAGUCAGAAUGUUGAGUCGUGUUUUAUAUUCGGUCAGGCAUCUCUUGUCAGGUCUCUGGGGCUGGAAACCUUCCUCCAACCCAGCCCUCGGCAGUUUCCUCAAGGAAGCUCCCGCCCCCACCCCCUCCCGGGCUCUUACUGGGGCUGGGUCGGUCCCCUGUGGGAGAUGGGUUGGGAUGGGUCUUUGCCACCCCCAGAAGAGGGCUCCCCCUGCUUGUGCGUGGGGGGUGGGGGGGUGACUCUCCAACCCCCCCCCAACCCCCAUGAGGCUUUCCCUCCCUGGUGGACACCGUGCGGGCAUGGCAGACGGUCCUGGCUUCCAAGCAGUGUCCUGUCACCUUGACCUCCGCUUCUGCACAAUCCAGAGCCCUGCUUGGUGCUGGUGCCCCCUUCCCCUUUCGCCACCCCCCCCCAAAUUCCUGGGAAAGCCGGGUUAGUGUGUGACUUGGGAAGCUUUCAGCCUGUCCCAUUGGGUCCUCGCUCAUCAGUCUCUCCCUUUAUAGAAACACGGCAAACAACCUUGUGCAGCAUCUAACCCUGAGAAUUGGCUCCAGGGGACCCAUAGAAGUGCCCCCUGAAGGUGGGCAUGGUCACACGGCCAGCAGGGGGCAGAGUCUAGCCCAGAACCCGUGCCCUGAGAGCCCAUCCAUCCUUCUUAGUUCAUCUUUCCCUUCAAUUACUUUGGACGUGCAGGGUCCAUACCCCCCCCCCCACCCCCCAACACACACAAGGUCAUGAUUCUAAGAGCACAACUCACUGGUCCCUGGGUCUCACGUGCUGGGAGUUGAUGACUUCGAGUCUUUCGGCCCCUCUUUCACUGAUUCAGAAUUACUGCCUCACAGCUUCUAGUAGAAAGAUGCUGAGUAUUCUAGAGCAAGCCAGACGUUGUCACUUUUCUUCUUGAACCGUCCCCGACCCAGAAAGAUCAGCGUAAGAGCCUUCCCCAGCACGAGAGUGUGAGAAUGGGUGCGUCCCUGCCACGGAGGACCACAGCUUCCAGAUCUGGGGUUGGCGCCCAUGACACACCAGCGACCAAUUUUAGGAUGUUAUUUCUGGGUUUCUCUAUUCAAAAUGGGUGCUCCAGGUAUCGCUUUGUGGCUUAGUAAACUAAUUUGUGGGUGAUUUUCAAAUGUUCAAAGCCAGUAAGUAGCCUUGUUACUAACACAGAUAUUUUGAGUGCGA